CCGGAACUGCGAGCCGAGUUUUUGAAAGGCUUUUUCUCCAAAUUUGGGUUGACAUCCCUUUUUUUUCUUUUUUUCUUUUUUUUUCCUUGGGGACUGGAGACUUGCGGGGGCUGAUCGAGAUGGGGCGGGGGGAGAAAAUUCCUGGGGGAAGGGCUGGGCUGGCUAUGACGGCCGCCGGAGGAGGGGGUGCAAGCGUUGGCGGCAGCGUCUCAGAGAAGGACAAGGCGAAGAAGUCCCAUCGAGCACGUCAAUCUGGGCCAAGCGCUGAGAAGAAGAAAGCUGCCGACAAAAAGAAGAGAGGGUUAUCAACAGACAAAGAGAAUUUCAAGCCAGAAGACGACGGAGAAUUAAGGGAAGGGCGGAGGGGAGGGGGAGGAGGAGGAGAAGAGAAGGACGAAGAAGAAGAAGAUGAUGAGGCGGAGGAAGAGGAAGAAGAAGAAGGUGGUGACGACGAUGCUGCCGAUCAUGCUGGCAAAAUCGAAGAAGGAGAAGAUGAUGACUAUGAUGAUGAUUCUGGCGAUGAUGAUGAUCGUGAUGACGAUGAUGAUGAUGAUGAUGAUGAUGAGGAGGAGGAGGAGGAGGAGGGAGGAGGGAGGAGGGGGUAGGAGGACGGAGGAGUAAGCAGUGGCGGCAGCACUAGAAGAAGAAAAAGAAGCAGAAAAAUAAUAAUGUAAUGAACUACUGAUAAUCUA